AUGAAUGUGGAAAUUGGGAAUAGAUCUUUGGAUAACGAGAAUUCGCCAAUUCCUAAGGAGAAGUUAACUACCUUAAUUGAUGAAGUAUACGGUGAAAGAAAGGAGAAAUCUGAUUUUACAUAUAAUAAUUUAAUACAAGGCAUACUUGAGGGUUUGAACAAACACUCUUCUUUUUAUAAAUAUAUAGUUACAGUGACGGAUGUGCAGAAUAAGCAAUCAGGGUCUAAUGAUUUUGAGUUGGAACAUUAUUUUGGUGCCUCUUGGUCAUCUAAGAAAGAUGGUUUAUUUCAAUACUGUUUGCCUAGUGAGGAGGAUACGUCAUCACAGUCGGUAGUUACAAUUGUUUGGAUAUCUAAAUCUAUAUAA